AUGCUGUUCAAUGGUUCCUUAAUCACUCACUUACGAGUUGAGAAUCAUCCCGUUAAAACAUAUCAAAACAAAACAUCAUCAUCAUUUACCAAUAUCAUCAUGGACGAUCAAGAAUUCAAGCGGCAACUCAAGCCAAAUCCUGGAAGUAAAUCCUUAACAGCCAACAAGGAUGAUCAAUUAAAAGCACCAUCCAAUGAAAAUUACAACGAACCCAAUAUUGGAGAUGUUUACAAAUCCAAUCGAGGUGAAGAAGGUAAGAAAGAGGACUUGUUUGGAGGUGGUACGUUCGAAGAAAUGAAGGACAAGAAGGAUCCUUCUCCCCUCACACGAAGUAAAAUGGAAUAG